AAUACACUUUCCGCGAUAUGACGCGACUAAUCCGAGCGGUCGCGUUCUUUUGCUCGGUGGCACUGAGUAGUAGUGCGCUCAGCAAACCGUUCGCCAUAGAGGUCGAUUGCGCAGUUCCCGAGUGCUCCAGCCAGGAAGGUCGCACAACGCUAUGGCCUUUUCGUGAUCCCAACUUCUUCGUACGUUGCGAACCGCCAAAGUGGCACUUGAUGAGAAGGCCCUGUCUAUCCGGAACGUUGUUCCACUUCGGUCGACAAGAGUGCGUUGAUCCCUCGCAAUGGGUCGAGCCAUGUCCAACGGGUCCGGAGAUGCCUCAAUGUCCCAGAAUUGUUUGCGCGACGGCGCAGGACCAGAGACAACUGUGGCCGGAAGAGGAUCCCAGCUUCUUCCUGCGAUGCAUUCCACGACCCGAUGGAGGAAUGAUGGUGGUUCGGCGAGAGUGUACUGAAGGCUUCCUGUUCAGCUAUACGCUACAGCAAUGCGUGGACGCGCAGUAUUGGGAACAGGAUUGCACGUUUGACGACGUAACGACGAUCGGGACUCCCACGCCUGAGGGAGAAACGGAUACAUCAACGACAUCACCAGUGGACGAAACUACGACAACGACUCCAGCGACAACAACUACAGAAGAACCGACCACGACAACAGCUGAACCAACGACUACCACAACAGAAGAGCCGACGACUACAACAACAGAAGAGCCGACGACAACCACAACAGAGGAUCCUACAACGACAACUGAAGAUCCGGUAACACCGGGUCCCACAACGACAACUACGGAGCAUAGCAGAGGUACCUGUCCGACGCCAUUGUGCUCUUUCCAAGACCCCAAGCUGUACCCUCACACUGACUGGACGAAGUUCUACCAGUGCGUGCUGAACGCAUCCGGACAGAUGGAGGCCGUGGUAAGAAGUUGUGGCGCCAACACCUACUUCCACGCCGGUAUGCAGAAUUGUCUGCACAUCUGGCAGUGGGAAGACUUCUGUAUCUAAAUUAAGUACGAUCCAGCAUGUUCAGAAGAACAUUUCAGUUGACUUUAUUGAUGAAUUAAACUAGGGGGACAACCUCCUCAACCCAA